AGGUGAAGGCGAGUUUGAAACUUUGAUCCUACGUUACAGGUAGUGGCAUCUUUUCUUACCUUCACUCAACCCGCCAUUCGUUUCCGUUAUGAUGGGACCCAUGACUGCUCUCGAUGUUCCCCAACAAACUUGUCUGGCCGUUAUUGCCCCACAGAAAAACAUCAACAAGAGUACCUUUCCGGACGUCGGUCAAGCCGUCAAGGUCCUUCUAAAAGAGCCUGCCUGCCAAUCAUCGCCAUCAAGCCGUCCUUCUUUCACUCACAGGGACACUGUUCUAGCACUGUUCUGGCUUGCAAUGCGCACCAAGUUUAGACUAUUGAUGUCUAGUGUCCGCCGCCCGAAUCUUUUCCGGAAUUCCACGCGAUGCGUUUCUUCGCCUUCCCCAAGCACAAGACUUUCCGUCAGUUUAUCCGUGAAAUAUCUCUUGUAUGGAUCAUGCAUGUUUUGUCCUGCCAAUGUUUCGGACUCGAAUCAAUUGGCUUGGCCCUCAAUAGCCGUUAUGGAAGUGGAACCGACAAGCCAGACUGGUAGGGUCACAAUCGUUCGGGCCCAGUUUCCUCCAGCAAUCUGCAUCACGCCGCAGUCUCUCCACCUUCUAGAUUCGUUCCAUCCAACUAGCGAGUCUUCGUUCUGGUGUGACCGAUUAGGUUUCCUAAACGGGUCUGUUGAUUCGAGUCAGAUAACUCAGGCGAGCCCCUCAAGGCGCCCUUCAAGAGCCUCCAUCACGUACAUACAUGAUAAUGAUUCUUGCAGAAUCACAUCAAUAAUUUUAUCGACUCGCCGCAUUCGACACGCGUGAGCGAGCAGCGGCGUACAAAAUCAAAAGCGCUGUUUUGAAUGUGAUUCGAGUUUUCUGUGAUUUCUCGUUUCUAUUCGGUUACUACUUGGCCUGUACUUGUCCGUCUAACGUAUUGUUGGCGUAAUAUCACCAUCGUCUGAAUUGGGAUUGUGAUUGAAUAAACAGCGGGUCUCAAUCUUUUUCCGCUCGUCGUGAUCUGGCACAGGUUAAGAGCUGUUGGCUGUUGUUAAAUGUUACCUUAAGUGACCUCAGCUCACUUGCAUUUCAUUCCCA